GUCAUGUAGAGGAUCACUUAGGCAUAUAGAAAUAUCACAUAUUUUUUAUCAAUCUUCAACAGGUGUGACAAUUAUUUCAUCCAAACAUGUAGUUAAGUUUGAGAAGACACUUUUGGCAAUUCUUUUUCACUACUAAGAAGAUGAAAAUGGGGUCCUCUCCCCCUUGUCAUUGUGUCCUUUGUGCUCCACAAGAAGAAAAAAUAAAGGAAAACUCUACUCCAUUGUCAUUGCAAGUCCAAUUACUCUCUACUUUUAGAAAAAGCAAAAGAUAACAAGAAAUUACUCCAACAUACUCACCAUUUCAGCCAUGCUUCUCAUCAUCAACUCCUUUAAAAUCCUUCAAUUUUCCCCCCUUUUUCCUCAGCCUCUGAUCUGAUAAUCAUCAGCUUCUCUUUUUUUCUCAAUUUAUGAGCUAAGAAGCAGUUACUUCAAGCCAUUUCCUUUGAAAGUUCAAUCUUUUAAGGUCAAAAGAGUUUCUUGAAAUGCUUCAAAAGUUGCAUCUUUUUCUCAUUCUGUGCUGAAAGGCAAUUUCUUUUUGAUGAAAAAGUGUCGAACUUUUUAAUGCAGAACCUCAAGAAUGCUACAAUUUGUCCUUGUUUUCUCAAUCUGUGAGCUGAAAGACAGUUUUUUUGGGCAAUGGGUACUUAAAAGUUUCAACUUUUAACACUUCUCAUCUUGAAUUUUGAUGAUUUUCGUUAAAUUCUUCAAUCUUUCUUCUCAAUCUGUGAACUGAAAGACAGUUUUUUGGUUGAAAAAUGCCUAAUCUUGGAGUUAAUAAAGCUGACACAGAGGCAAAUGGUGGUUCCAGCCGUCAUUCAUCGCCGCCGCGGAGGGCGAGCAGUGAGACAAUCACAACUGAUGGGAGUUUCCACUUAACUGAUUCUGAUUCUGACCAAUCUUGGCACUCACCUUUAGGCUCUAUGGAUGAUAUUUCAGUAUAUUGUGAUCAACAGCCACUGAGGAGGGAUAUUUCUUUGUCAGAUGAUGAGAUUGAUUUGGAGAGUGGUGAAUUGGAGAUGAAGUUUCAUAGUAAAGAAGAGAAGGAUUGUAGGAUUUGUCAUUUGAGUUUGUUGAGAAGUGGUGGAAUUAGUAGUGGUGGAGAUCAAGUGCAAGAGGCUUCAGGUGGGAUGGCUAUUGAGUUGGGAUGUUCUUGCAAAGGUGACUUAGGUGCUACUCACAAACAAUGUGCUGAGACUUGGUUCAAAACCAAGGGAAACACAAUUUGUGAAAUCUGUGGUGCCAAUGCACUGAACAUUGCUGGAGAGCAGACAAAUGAAGCCAAUAAUGCUUCAGUAGCCCCUCUUGCAGCGUCCGCAGCACCUAUAGCCUUUUCUGAAAGCCAAGGCUGUUGGCAUGGGCGCCGUGUCAUGAAUUUUCUACUUGCAUCUAUGGUUUUUGCCUUUGUCAUCUCAUGGCUUUUUCACUUCAAUAUAUUGCCCUAGAUGCUUCUGAAGAUCGUCCUGGCAACGUGGUUUGUAUUGUGAGGAUUCAACGUAACUUAACUAGCUUUUACACCGGUUGUCAAUCUACUGCAACUCUCCUCCUGAAUCCAGGCUUAGGACUUGCAGAAAUGUUUUCGUAACUCACAACAUUAACCAACUCCAAUCCCCAGAAAUUUCUACUAUCGAGCUACAUCUAGGCAGAUAACAGGUUUAUGAAAGGUGAUCUGGUAUCUGUGAACAUGUCAACGAUAUAUAGUGUUUCAGCCAUCAACUUCUCGGUCUUGUUUACGAUGAUGAUUGUUGACUAUAAUAGAAGAUAGUUUUGUUCAUCAAACAGCUUGCUGAAUUUUAAAGUUCUUCCUAUAUAGUGUACAUAUGUAAGUAUGUAUAUAGACGUAUAUCGAUGAAGCAGUAGCAUUCUGUUGUAUAUCAUCCUUGAGAACUCUAUACAAAUCUCUCAUGGCUGUUGCAAU